CCAGUAAGUGACAUACAUGUAUAGUCAGUGUUAUCACACUCAUAGACAAAGUUGUUAUCAGAUGUGGUUUGCUGUGUGAAGUGUGGUGGCUGGCCAGAGUAAAGUGAGAGGAAUGUGUACAGUUGUUUUACAGUGUACAGUGCAAAUUAGACAAUGUCUGUACCAAACCAGCCUCGAAGAGUACAAAUGGAGUCUUACUCUCUCCGUAACAUGUAUCUGAGCGUAUUAAUUAUAUGAUUUUUCACCACAGCUAAUAUAUCAUACCUCUCUGUCGGUAUGACGCUUGCAUGGACAUCUCCAACGAUUCCAUACCUCCAACAUCUGCUUCUUCUGUCACCAUAUCAAGAGGCUUGUAUCUCUGCUAGUUGUUUCUUCGGGGCUGCUUUCGGCCCAGUCUUCGGCAAAGAACUCGUCGAAAGAUUCGGGUAUAGGUCAGUGAUGUUUUCUCACGCCGUCUUGUACAGUGUGGCCCUAGUGCUACUUGCAUUCUCACCCUCAGUCAUCUGUCUCACAGUUGGCAGGAUUGUUGCAGGCCUCGCUUGUGGCAUGUUCCUUCGCUACAUACCUUCUUAUGUCAUGGAAAUUGCAGAUUCUGAAGUGUACAAAGUGUUGAGCCCUACAGUCCUUCCCACUCAGGCCCUCGGAUACCUACUGGCCUACACUCUAGGGCCUCCUCAGCUUACGUACCACCAGCUGUUAUGGCUGUACGUGUCUGUGCCUGUUAUGAGUCUGGCGAGUUACGUCUGGUUGCCCGAGUCAGCGAAACACGAUGUGUCCAAAGGCAAACUAGAUCGUGCAGAAGUCACAAUAGCAUUUCUGCGUAGAGGCAUCUCUACCAGUGCAACUCAAGCUGAAGUUCUGUUCUUGCAAGAGAAAGUGACUAGAGAGCCAAGAACCAAGAGUGGAUUGCAUUCGCUCCUCUCCGACCCUGCCGAUGUGCGAGCGUUGACUGUAAUGUUGACUCUCUCCUGCCUUCAACCUCUCAGUGGGACUCCCAUAGUCCUGACACUGACUCAGCACCUCUUGACCAAGUCCGAGUCACUGUCCAACCCCAACACCGCAACUAUUGUCAUCGGCGUUGUUGUAUUCUUCAUCAGCAUUAUCGUAUCUUUGUUUAUGAGGGACUACAGUUGCAAGAGACUACUUGCUUGUUCUUCCAUUGCAAUGGCUGUUUCGAUGGUUUUGGCUGGUGUGUAUUUCAAUGAUAUGGAAAACGUGGAAGGACCGAGUUUCCAGCUAACGUCUUGGACUCUUACAUCCUCUGUUUUACUACACUUAGCUACCUACCAAACAGGUUUCGCAAACAUCUGUCAUGGCACGUAUUCAAUGUUCAGUACACAGAAGAAAGAAGUAGCAAUCUCUACAGCAAUGACAACUACAUUCUUCUUCUCAUCCAUCGCAGUCUUCUUUUACUAUCUUCUAGAUGAUCACUUGGGGUCAGCCGUCACAAUGUGGAUCUUCGCUUUCUUCUGUGUUGUUUCUGCAUUAGUCAGUGUUACAUUCAUACCCGACAGUCUCAAAUUUGAUUUUUAUGCUGACUAAAAACUUUUGAAUUCUGCAACGUACCACUUCAAACAAUUCUAAUUUGUUAGAUGCUCUUUACUAUUUAUAAUAUUUCUAAUUUGUUAGGUGAUCUUGAUCCCACACUUCCACUCCAUAUAUUAUUUCACUUUUCCUCCUGGAUUCUCAUGUUUUUCUUCAACAUAGAUUUAUAACUUUUAAGUCCCUAUGAAAGUCCAUAAUAUUUUGUUGAGAAUUUUCGUUUAAUUUUCAACAUUUAUUCCGUUUUCCUAAUUUUUCCAGCCAAACACUUUAUAUUAAGCAAGAAUUCUUUAUUUUCCUCAUCAUAAUUUUUGUUAAAAUAAAUUGUAUUUAUGGAAAUAAAAUUUUUGUUUAUGUUA